AUGGAGACUUUGUUGAAAUUUGAAGAAAAUUUAUUGGAAAAGCUUUUACUAAAAUUGGAAGAGAAAGUAGAGAAACUCGCUUUUUUGGAAGAAAAAAUUGAAGAAAUGCAAAAAGAACGAGAAAGCCAGGGAAACGAGCAUUUGAGUCACCCAGUGAAUCAAUUCAAGCUGAUCCGGCGCUUCUCAAAAGACUGGCACGAGAUCUCCGAGAGUCUCACUUCCCACUCGCCAGAAUCUGACUUGAUCAGUCAAAUUAAACCGCUCACCAGCAAAGUUCAAGACACAAAAAGUGCUGAGAUUGCUGAAAAUGGCCUGUUGCGUCUCCAAGAGACCUACUUUCUUUCUGCGGCGGAUCUUCAACAAGGCUUGGGAGAAUUCUACAAUGGAGGAAUGGAAAAGGAUCUCCCUAAGUUAACUGCGAAGGACUGUUUCGAUAUAGGAAGACGAGCUUACAUGAACGGCGGUUCUAUGCGCGUCGUCCAUGACUGGAUGAAGUUGACUCUCCAAAACGCAGACAAAGAAAAAGAUUUCGACCUGAUGAUCGACGCUUUGGACCACUUGGCGUACGCGAAAUCGCAGAUUGGCGACCAGCGAGGAGCGCUGAUGAUUUACAAUAAACUCAAAUCGCUGCAGCCAGACGAAAAGCGAUACGAGCAAAACGUCAAUUACUACGGGCGAAAGUGGAUUGAACGAGCGAGGGGUGAAACCGAACAAGAAGGGAUGGACCAUUCGAAACUGUCCACCCGCGCGGCUGAUCAUCGGCCAGAGAGGGAAGAAACGGAGUAUUAUGAAAAACUCUGCCGGAUGCCCAACGAACUUCCUGAAGAAAAACUGCUGAGGUGCUUCUAUUGGUCCAACAAUGAUCAUCCCUUUUUGAUGCUAGGACCAGUCAAAGCGGAAGAACUCUGGGACGAGCCAGAAAUCAUCCGAUUCUACGAAAUAAUCACGGAUGAAGAGCUCGAGAUUAUUAAUAAACAAGCGAGGCCAAAGUCCAAUCUUGCCACAGUACAGGACCCGAUCACAGGAAAACUUGUAAAUGCAGAUUAUCGAAUUUCGGAAUCAGCUUGGCUACCGGCCAACACAGACUCCGAGGAAGAUCAGAAAUUGAGGCAAUUUCGCAACAGAAUUUCAAUCAUUACAGGGCUCACGAUGGAGAGAGCCGAGGAUAUUCAGUACUCGAACUAUGGUAUUGGCGGUCAAUACGAGCCGCACUACGAUAUGUCGACUGAAAACGACGCUGGAAAAUUCGACGAAGAAGACGGAAAUCGCAUCGCUACCUGGUUGACUUAUCUCAACGAGCCCAAACAUGGCGGAGACACGGCGUUUCUAGGGCCAGGAAUCAAAGCCGAGCCGAUCCACAAAUCCGCCGUCUUCUGGUACAAUCUGCUGCGCGACGGCUCUUGUGAUUACAGAACGCGACAUGCCGCCUGCCCAGUUUUAAUAGGACAGAAAACUGUUUCGAACAUUUGGUUCCACGAACGAGGCGAAGAAUUUUCGCGGAAAUGCCUUCUCAAUCAAACUGAUAAGAGCACAUUAAACAUGUUCCCUGAUAUUUAUUAA